AAGUUGUAUGUAAACAAACGGGUUUCGUAUUCUAAACCGGUGUUAACAUUAUUAAUGCGCUUAUUUUGAUGAAUUUAGAGGAAUGUAGCUGACAGAUAGAGAUGGGGGACAAUCAGUGGGAGGAUGGCGGUGGAGGAGGAGACUCGAACUGGAUGUCUCGUCUCCCGGAGGAGCUGCUGGACGUCCCGCUGUGGAACCUGGCCAUUCCCGGAAGCCAUGACAGCAUGUCAUUCUGUCUGGAUCUAUCCUCCCCGGUGCUCGGAUCGGAGCCCUUCCUCCUCAGACUGACCGACCGACUCCUGCCCUGCUGGGUCCGGCCCUGCGUUUACCGCUGGUCCACCACGCAGCAAUCUGUCCUCUGGUAUCAAUGUGAGCUCGGUGUUCGCUUUUUGGACCUGCGGAUCGCCAAGAAGCCAGCAGGGGGCAGCACGUUGUUCUUCGCUCAUGGAAUCUACACCCUGGUGACCGUCACGUAUUCUAACGCUGUUUUCCUGUUAUUAAUACAAUCAGGUUCCAUAAAGACUCUCGCUGAUGUCUUUCCUCCUUGGCAUGGAGAUAAAAUCACUCUUGACUACCAGCAUCUAGCUGCUCCUUUCCUUCCUAAAUCCUUGGGAUGCAGCAGGUACGCUGACAGCCCAGACCCAAACAAAGUCAUAUCUUAUCUGGAGGAGCAGCAACGCCAUGGAAGGCCAGAUGGUUUUUAUGUCAGUGGUCUGAACCUGACUGAAGACAUUCUCUACGUCCUCCUCCAUCCCCUCGAAAACCUGAGAAAGAUGACGACCAAGGGUCUCUCACCGCUGCUCCACUGGACGGCAAAACAACGUCCAGGCCCAGGAGGGGGCGGAGUAAACAUCGUGUGCUGCGACUUCGUUAGCGUCAGUCGGUUCUGUUCGAUUGUGAUCAGCCUGAACUUCAAACUGCUGGAAUCUGCAAUCAGGACUCCUUCUGUUACCCAGUUACCACCAGUGUUAAGCCCUGAACUGGAUCUUCUGGGUUAACUAGGAACAUUAGGACCUCUACAUGGAUGCUAUUACAAUCCAAACAGCUUUAAGCACAGUUAUCUCUUAUUUUUGCACACUUUGCUUAUAUUAUUUUAUGCAUAUUAACUAUUAUGUAAUCUUAAUGAUUUUCUUUUGCACUGUAAUUAUUUUUGAUUGUUUUUCCAAUUUUAUGAAUCACUGUUGCACUUUAAGACACAUUUUCCAUCAACAAAUCGUCAAAUCAAAUCUUUUUAUAUGAU